AUGGCUGUCCUUGACCAAACUCCAGCCCAGUUCGAGUUCGCUACAUUCAAUAGUGUCAAAGUCGGCACCCCCGGAGCGGCAUCAAACAAAGCUCCCUUUCUAUUCAUUGUCAAAACCCCUGCCUCCGGUGCAUUGUCCCGCUCGACUACCCGAAGCGCUGCAGCGAGCAUCAAUAGUCACGCCCAGCGGUGGGCUCAAGAGGUAGCCUCUUCCAAGGCAGUCGGGGGGAGUAGCACUCAACGCCAGACAGACACACUGCUCUUCGAACAAUGCUUGACCAAGUGUCGAGUGUCUCGGCUCUUGGACGACCCGACUAAACCAUCCAAGGGGAGACGCUCGGCCAAUGCGAAGCAAACAACUCACAUCCCGACGAGACGGGUCAGGAAAACGAAGCGCGGUGUUUCUGAAAGCCGCAGUCCCAGAACUGACAAGGGUUCGUCCGCAAGUCCGGAAGCCGAGUCUCGACGGCAGCAAGAUUUCAGUGAGGACGAGUAUCUCGACAAUGAGGCGGUUCAAUCACUACUGGGCCCUUCGCCGGGACCUUCGCAGAAAUCUGUGGUUGACCCCUUUGAUUACACGGCUGGUACGAUAGACAGCGACGCCCUGCCCAUACUCCAGUAUUAUCUUUCAUUCGCCCUCCUCUCCACACCCCAAAGGGACGAUGGCCGGGGACCUCGAGACACGGCACUUGGCCAAUACUUCUCCAGCAUUCACGCCAUUAUCCAAGGUUGCAUGCAGAAAAACGUCCACAUGUACGCCCUCUUGGCUGCCACAGCUAGCCGCAUGAGACGAGUCUCGGGCAUUUCCUUCCACGCCGACAACGGGCCUGAAUUGUAUCUGCACAAGGCUCUUCAUUGCCUGCGGUUGCUGCUUGACAGCCAGUCGGCUGCCGAGGACCGGCAGAUCAUCCUUGACAUUUACUACCUAAGCGUGUGUGGGUGGUACAUGGGCAACUACGAAGAGUCGAAAACCCACUUCAACAUCCUCAAGCAUUUCUGGAAGACGUUGACGCCCCAGCAAUCUACGCUCGACCAAUACAUUUAUGAUCUGUUGAGUCACAACGCCGUUUUCCUGGGCUCCGACGUGGCGGAUCCUGCCAAGUCAGCGACGACACCAGAACUCCUCUGUCCUUCCGUGAGCAGUGAAAAGGUCUCCAAAUCCUUGAGCUUGCAAUCCAACCGAGUCUCUUCGUUUCAGCACUGUUCAGCCUUCCCGGAAGCACUUGAACAGAGCACUUAUAGCCCUGAACUGAAGCAUGUGGUACGGGAGCUGCCUUCGCUCCUGCGGCUCUUUGAUCAUUUCCACCAAUACCCCGACUUUAUCGGUCCUGAGGUAGAUUGGGUGCUUAGCAAGAGCAAAUUCUUGAUACUCCGCCUGCUGGAAAACCCAAGCUACGGCGUCGAGCUCUGCUGUCGUUUGGCGUUGGUGUUGCUUCUCCAAUACGUCUCCCAGACGACUCUGGCCAAAUUCCACUGCACCGACGAAUCCAUAUACUCUUCUUCGGCUCCUGAAAAGGGGCCGAUAACUGACGCGGCCGUAAUCAGCAAGCACCUCAAACGCCAGCUCCAGUACGAAAUCCUCCAGCCAUCAAUCAAAUCCCCUUCCGGCCUUGACAACGCAUCACGGGCUAGCGGCGAGACCCAUGUGGCCUGGUCAGGGAAAUCCGACCACCUCCUCCUCUGGAUCGUGAUCACGGGCUUCAUUGGGGCGCGCAACACGGAUCAAAAAGACGAAUGCCGAUGGUUCCGGACGCGCACCGUGUCGUUGAUGAGAGUCCUUGGCAUUGGGACUACGAAGCUGUUGAAAGACUUGAUGAAGUCGUUUGUGUGGGCAGGGGGGAUGCUGGAUGACGAGGCGUUGGAGGAGCUGGUCAGGUUGGGCUCAGGGGAUGAUGGGGAAUGA